AUGGGUUACACAAAGCUCUGCCUCUUGCUGCUUCUCAGCUUAUCUGCCUUGGCCUGUAAGUAGACCCAGAGGAACCUCUCUCUGAAAACUGGGAGAAGAUUCUUUUAGUUCUUUUGGGUUUUUUUAAUUUUCAGUUUGACUUUGUGUGAUUGCUCCCUGGAGUGCUAAAAUUAUCCAGUUAAAUAUGGUUUGAAUGAGAAUUUUUUAUAGUCAUAGAGUUGACAUGUAUCAUCUGUAACAGGUCCAAUGAAAGUUAUUUCCUUUUUUUUCAUAUAAAGUCAUUCUUACUGUCUUCAGUCACAUCCAACUUACCGAAUUUAUUUGACUUGUUGACAGAUGCCCAAGAUGAAGAUCUUCCAGCUGCCGUAGAAGAAGUUCCAGCUGCCGUGGAGGAAGUUCCAGUGGCCCCAGAAGAAGUACCAGCUGCCCCAGAAGAAGUUCCGGCUGCCCCAGAAGAAGUUCCGGUUGCCCCAGAAGUAGAUCAACCUGCCUGCGUGUGUAAGUAAAAGACCAGUCUAUGGGAUCAUGCUUAGUGUAAUUUAUUCCAGUACACACAGUUACAGAAGUUCAAUAGGAGUUAAGAGAUUGUCUUUGUCAUUGAUUUUCUCAUCUAGUGGGUACAAGGUACAAGACCCUGCACAAGUAUGAGUACUUGUAUGAAGCUGAAUCUCUGAACGCCAUCAAUGGAGCCUCAAACCUUCAGAACGGACCCAAGGGUUCUUGUAAGGUAAAAGAAAGCUCUGAAGAGAUGAUAUUUCUCUCUUCCCAACCUUUCCAGGAGGUUAGAUGAUACAGAAUAUAUUUCUCACUCACAGGUCGAAAUUGAAGUUCCUCAGAGUUGCAGUUACAUAGUGCGCACCACUGGCUGUAGCCUGAGUGAGGUGGUCAACAUGGACGCAGAGGGCAACGCUGUGUUCGGUCCCGCUGCCGGCUCUGAUGCCUUUGCUGCUGAAAUGGAGAAGUAUGUUCCUUCAGUGUGUUUUCAAUAAGUGAUCAAAUCCAGGGGCUGAAAACCGCCUUUGUUUUAGGAUGAAAUGAUCACUUCUCCAAUCUCCUGCAGAUAUCCUCUGAAGGUUGUGGUGGAGGGUGCAUACGAUGUGAAACUGUACCCUGAGGACGGUGAGACAACAAACAUCCUGAACAUCAAGAGAGGUAUCAUCUCCGCCCUGGCUGUCCCUCUGGUGGAAGAGGAGAAGAACAAGAUCAUGGUACAUUCAUUUACACAGAAAGGGAUACUACCUAGUCCUAUUUUUAGACCUUUUGUGGGCUCACCCCCAACCUUAACCAUGAUUUGUGCUUUAAACACAAGUGUCUGAUUAUCACUUACAGCCCACUAUCCAUGGCAAGUGCAAGACUUUUUACACCGUCAAUGCCAGAGAAGACAUCGCAACUGACAUCAGCCUCUCCAGGGAUCUGUCCGGAUGUGCAAACUUUGUCCCAAUCCGAACCCACACCAAUCCCUUGGCACUUCUCCCCAGCAUGGUAAGACCUCCAGACCUUAGUAUCCAGGGUGCUGACCUUUACAGGCAACAGCACUCAGGUUUAUGGCAAAUACAGUCCUAAACAGGUAACAGGUCUGAAGUGCAGGAAAGAGGUCUACGGUUGUGAGAGAGAUGUUUUUGUUUGUUUUUCUGUAAAGGGGUACAGAUGAGGUCGGUAUGAGUGUAGUAGCAUCAGAAUCAAAGGACUAAAGGGGAUAUCUCCUCCAGAAACUCAAACUCGGUGACAUGAAGUCGGAUUAAAAUCCCUUUUCAGCGCUCUAAACUUAAUGUGAUUGACAAAGGAUAUCUUAAAAGUGCAGUGCUCUAUUUUUAAAUCUUGUUUCCAGUGAACCCACCAUAAUGUUGUGUUUUUCAUCUGCAGCACUACCCUGUUUCUAAGCUGAUCAAGAGCACACAGAGUUGCAAUUACCAAUUUGACAAUGAGCAACAGCACAUGACCUCUGGCUCCUGCACUGAGAAACACAUCCUCAUCCCCUUCUCACACAAGUAAGUCUUACCUUUACAGAACUGACGAACUGUCCCUUUAAAUCUGCACGUCUCUUAAUAUGUUGUCCUCUUACAGGGGAGAAUACGGAGUUACCAACGUUGGAAAGCAAAAGCUGACCCUGGGGGCAGUUACUCCUCACAACGAGAGAGUCUUUGAAACAAGUAUGUCCUUUAAUUCAGCAGCGUUGGUUUGGUUGAUGGAGGAUUUGUCCCUGGAAGCAACGCUGACUCCUUUUGUCCUGUAUCGUAGGUAACAUUGUCAAGGGUCUUCACAUGGAGACUGUGGAGGACAAGAGUGUCAUCCAGGAUAAAGAUGCAGGUCUGAGCCUCCUGGGAGAACUGGCCGCUCUGCCCUUGAACGAGGGUGACAGGAGAGCUGACCUCUUCCACAAGCUUGUCGCCAUGGUCCGUGGAAUGAAGGCCGAGACCUUGAGUCCCGCCAUUCCCGAAGCUCUUGCUGUGUCCAAAGUCCUGACCUACCAGGUCCUAGCCCAGUGUGGAACCCCUGAGUGCAGCAGUGCCAUCAUGCAGAUCUUCAGGACCCUUGAUACCUCCUCAGUUGAAGUUGAUGCUGGAGUUUUUGCUUUGGGACUUGUGUCCAAUCCUUCUCCCCUGCUGAUCAACGACAUGCUGGAGAUGGCCCAGUACAAGCCCAGCAAACCCAUCUUGUAUGCCCUGAGCAAUGUGGUCAAGAGGUGAGUGACUUUCAGAACUCUGAUCCAGGUUUAGAGUCAUAUUUCAACAUGUCUCCUCCUUUCUUCUACAUCCUCCUCCAAAGGCCUGAAUUUUUAAUCAGUAUUUCUUCUGUCACAGAUACUACAAAGCUGAAGGGAAACUGAUCCCUGAGAUCCAUGCUGUUGCUAGGUUUAUGGCUGGACAGUUGGGCGACUGCUCUGGUGACGCAGAAACCACUUUCAUGAUUUUGAGGGUAGGUACCUUUUCCAACAAUCCAACACUGAACGUAUGAGGAGCACACGUAUCAAACUUACAUGAACAUAAAGAAACAGUAGAAAUGCAAAACUGUCUCUCAACUUUCAAAGCCGUUUUCUGGUUUAGGAACGAUUCAUUAUAUUUAGAGAUGGGGCAGAUAAAUCAAAGAUUCAGUACCUUGGACACUGUUAGGGCCCCUCAAGACAAACAAGCUUUGGCUCCACUUUACCAGAACCGAACAACUGAAAUCCACAUAUUUAGUUGUUGUUCAGCCUCAUGUAGAGGUGGAUUGAUGCAUGUUUGAAAGUAAGAGACAGAAAGUUUGCUGCUCCAGAUCUCCAAUCAGUUACACCACUAGGCAGAAGAAGCAUAUUGCAGCAUCUGGAUUUUGGUUCUUCUUAUUGAACAAUCAUCUUUUUUAAUACCAGGUCAUUGGAAACAUGGCUGCAGCUCUUGGACCUGCCAGUCCCGCACUCAGAACCGCUGUGAUCCAGUGUGUGAACCACCCUGAAGCUACCCUGCCUGUGCAGCAGGCUGCCAUUCAAGCAUACAGGCUCACCCCUGUCCCUGAAGAGGCAAGUGCAAUUCCUACAACUGCUGAACCCAUUACAGGACUGAUGAUCCAGACUGUGUCCUCAUGUUGUUGAUCUCUGUUGGUUACAGGGCAGAGAGGUUCUCAUGCAGGUGCUUCUCGACAGUGAAAGCCCAAUGCAAAAGCGUGUUGCUGCAUACCUGGUUCUCAUGAAGGACCCCCAGCCCUCUGAGCUGGCCCAGCUGGCAGCUGCCCUCCCCAAUGAGCCAAACGACCAAGCCAAGAGCUUUGUGAUCUCCCAUGUGACCAACAUCUUGUCCUCAACUGAGCCAGAGACCCAAGAGUACAUGAUAAUCACUUACAUUUGAAUUUUUUUAGUCAAUUGUGUGCUUUGGUGGUCUUCAAAGUCUGUAGGUCAGUGGUUUAACUCUUAGAUGUUUUCUUUUUUAAACAGACUGAGACAGAAGAUUCUGGAUGCCCUGCAGGGUAAUGAGGUUGGGCCCAUCAUGGACCUCACUAAGUUCUCUCGCAACUACAAGAUUGGAUCUGUGGAGGGCAACGUGGUCUUUGAGGGUACCAGCUACCUGCCAAAGGAGGUCAUGCUUGACAUGACUCUGAAGGCUUUUGGCUUUGACAUCGACAUGGUGGAGGUAAAAAAACGAGCUCUAUAAAUUCAAACUGUGCUCUGAGGUCGUAUUGAUGUGAGCUCAGUAGUGAGUGAGAAAACUGUCCCUUUUUUCAGAUUGGUAUGGAGGGAAAAGGAUUUGAGCCAACUGUUGAAGCCCUGUUUGGAGAGAAUGGUUUCUUCCCCGACACAGUCCUGAAGGCCAUGUACUUUGUCUCUGACAACAUGCCACUGGGAGUCAGUGAGGUCCUGCAGAGCGUCAUGCCCGCAUUGAAAAGGGACAGGAUGAAGAGACAGGUAUGCAGAGCAGUCUGUUUGGUGCACAUAACGUACGCUCACAUCUCAUCAAACAAUGACCCUGUUACUGUAAAGGAAAUCUUAAAGAACAAAAGUAUACCUGUACUUUUAGGCAACCCAAAACCUGCUGAGAGACAUCGGACGUAACCUCAACAAACUUGUGAGGGACCUGAAAACAACACCGUCUCCUGAGGCAAUGGUUUAUCUGAGACUUUUGGGUAAUGAGCUGGGGUACCUGAAGACCAAUGAAAUGGAAGAGAUGGUCUACUCAGCUGCCAUGAUGAUUGACAGCUUGAUGAAGAUGUUCCCAGCCGAUGUGAGGAGACUUUUUAUAUUGCGUUUGAAAUAGAGCCACUGAUGAUGAAACAAUCCUUUUAUUUCCAGGAUUAAAAAAAAUAAAAAACACUUUUAUCACUUUAUUUACAACAGCUGCUGAAGGCGCUGAUUUCCACCGCUGACAACGCAGUCUUUGCCCACUACAUCUUCAUGGACAAUGAAUUCUUCCUGCCCACUGCCACUGGUGUGCCUCUGAGGAUUGCCCUGUCUGGUACUUUCACUCCUGGUGUCCAGGGUGGACUGAAGGUUGCUGCUGACCUGGUGAGUAUGAAACGAUCAAUGCUGAUUGUUUGAACUCAGAUUGAUCUUCAGGGUAUUGAGGAUAUGUGUCAACUGUGUUUCUGUAGAGCGAGAUUGUCUUCAAGCCUUCUGCUGCUGUCGAGUUCGACACUCGGAUCGGUGCAUUCCUCCCUGAAUACGUCGACUCUGUAUUAGAGAUGCACACCAGCCUCUUCCAUGAGAGUGGCAUCGCUGCCAAAGUGUCCUUUGAAGGAAGCACAGCCAAGCUGACCAUCCCUGCUCCAAUGCAUCCAGUGAAGGUCUUGAAAAUAACGUAAGUUACAAGAACAAGUGAAUAAUAGUGAGAAAAGAAACAUAAGGCAGCUGCACUGUGAUAAGAUAAGUAGCCUUAAGGCAUUUUGAACAGGGGAAAUCAAAUGAUAGGUGCAGGUUUUAUGUGCUUUUAUCAGUGCAGUUAUGGCUUUAUGGAGUGAUAGGGGGUACUGUUGUUUGUCUUUUGGAACAACAACUACUGAGCUACACUUGAAAUCAGCUCAUGUUAUGUUUACACUUUUCUACAUUUGAAAUACAGAAACUAUCUGGUAGCAGUGAGUGGAUCAACUGUGUGGACCAUCCCUCCUGUGGUGACAGACAAGGUUGAUGUUAGUGAGUGCACACCUUUCUUUGCUGGAAUGAAAUACUGCAGUGCUCUGCAGUACACUGAUGCUUCCUCCUCAGAGACAGCACCCUACUUCCCCUUCACUGGAGACAGCAAGUGAGUGAAAUUGUCUGAUCUGCAGGCCAACAAUUUUAUCUCUUAUGAUGACUUCUUUGUAAUAAUAAGCUAAUUAAAUUGAUUCUCCAAACAGAUUGGCCAUAGAGCUCCACCCCACAGGUGAGGUCACCGAGUAUACAGCCACGAUUGCCUACGAGCUCCUGAGGGAGGGAGAAGAAGGCCGGCAGAAGGUGGACUCUUUGACACUGGUUGUGAGGGCUGAAGGUAAUAAAGAAAAGUUAAAAAUCUUCAAAUUUGUUUCUGGCUGAAUUUGAACAUGAAAUUACUUCAAGAUGAGUUUUUUCAUUCCAGUCUAUUGUUUGGUCAACAACAGGUGCAGAGCCAGCUGAAGCCACUGCCCUUGUGAAGUAUAACAGAAGGAAGAACUUUAUCACAGCCGACCUCCAGAUCCCAGACUACGAUGUGGAGGCUGGACUCAGGCUGGGUGUUGUCGAUGGAAACACCAAGGGCAAAGGAACUCACUCCAUCUCUCUUGACUUAAUCAACAAGAACAUCCCUCAGCUCUCCCUGGUCGGCCGUGCCAGGUAAGAAAUCAACAUAAAAAAUUAAUAUCAUCAUCAUCAUUUUUUAUAUUAUACUAACUGGAUGACUUGUGUAUUUUUCAGCAUCAUGGCCAUGAAGGACGCUAAGCUUGAAGUCCAAGUUAUUGUUCCCUCACUCAAAACCGAUGCUACAGUCACAGCCAACCUGAAGCGUGAUGAGGAAGCAGCACUUGUGCUGAAGAGUGAUAUUAAUGUCAUGGGUGCCACAUCUGAGCAGGAAGUCUCCCUGAAAUAUGGUAAUUUUCAUGUCACCCUUUUCUCAUGAGAUUUUACAACAAUUCACUCUAAGUUCUCAGAGAUAUACUCAUAUGUGUUGUUCCCCAACAUAGCCAUGGAUGGACAACAGUUAAAACUUGGGAUAGAAAAUGAGGCAUAAAACCAUGGGGCAGGCAACUUUGAGGCAGAUUCACUGAAAUACACAAGAAAUGAGGGUUAUUUCAAUUGUUCCAUGUUGUUGCAGAUGGAGACAAGGUUGAGCUGGAGGUCAAGUCCGAUGUGCACGCUGAAGCUGCUAUCCUGCCUGAGAUUUACCUGCCAGAGAAACUGUUCUUGAAUACGUAAGUGUGGAAAAACUCCUUCAAAAUACUCAUAACCCAAAUAUACUCCACGUCAUUCAUAUUUUUUUAUACGUUUUGUUUCAAACAGCGAGGCCAAGGCUGUCUACUACUUCAACAAUGAGCGCCUCAUCCUUUCUGUUCCCCUCCCUCUCGGAGGAAAGUCAACAGAGGAGCUAAACUUCCCACCAGCUCUGACCACACCAAGUGUCUCUCUGCCCGCAUAUGGACUAGAGAUUGCCUCUGUGGAAAUUCCCAUCCCAGAGAUUGUUGUUCCUGAGAGCCUUACCUUGUACGUUCCUCUUUUUGGCAAAGCUGAGGUUGCCGCAGCAGUGAAGAGCAACAUUUACAACAUUGACGCUUCAAUUGCUGCCGGCAAAGAUGUGGUGGAGGCACCAAGCUAUUCAGCUAAGUUUGAUGUGACAGGAAGCUCUCCUAUUGACAUCCUCUCAAUAAAGGUGGAAGGUAAGUAGCAGUAGAUGAGAAUUUUGGAUGUAUCCAACUUUUUGCUUUCCUUUUUGUUGCGAUGAUGUGUUGUUCAAUUUUUGGUAAAAAAAAUGUCCUGUUACAUUUUUAGCCUUUCAUUGAUCAACAAAGAUGGAUAAAUAUCUUAACUUUACUCACAAUUUUAGAGUUGAAUCAGAUAAAACUACACUUCACAAUUUUAUCAUGUAACUGAGUCUUUGUAUACGAGUGGGUAAAUAAAGUAGGGUUAUGUUACCAAACAAACCGAAUAUUAAUUAAUAGAAAUCUUGUUUCCUUUCACCAGGCUCUGGGAUGUUGGCCAUCACUGAUGCCAUCAAGGCCAACCUGAAAAGCUCUUUGGUCCAUCAACUUAUUGAGGCCAAUGUUAACAUUGUUGAGGAAGUCACCAUCGCAGACAAAAUUAGUGUAAAAUCCAGCAGCAAGAUUGAAGCCAAAAGCCCCUUGGGUGUUACUAUUGCACUAGAGCACACUGGUGUGGCAGGAGUCAGCACUGAAGAAAUCUCUGCUGAUAGCAACCUUGAAGGAACGUGGGAAGCUGGACCAGCACAAGGAAAGGCCACAGCAACCCAGGCAGUAAUCAUCGCCCCAUUCAAGCCAGAAGCAAAGAUUGAUUCUACUGUUCUGAUUGACUCCAGGCUUAUCAAGGCCCAGAAUACCAUUGCAGCAACCCUUGCCGGUGGUGAACUGUCAGUUGUAUCAAACACCAACGCUUUUGGAGACAUUCUGACACAUGCUGCUGAGCUUUCCUUCAAGGAAAGCAAGCUGUCACUGACCUCCGAUACAAACGCCCUGGCUCUUGGUCUGAAGAUCAACAACAAGGCCGAGGCCUCUGCUGGAGCAGGUGAAGUUGUCCUGAGAAUUGAAACAAACACUGACCAGAGUGAAAACCGUGUUUACUCUCUGCUGACUGCUUCACUGGAUGUCAAUGGUCUGGCAGUAAACAGUGAUGCCACCGUGAAGCUCCUUGAGAAUGAGGCUAUUCACAAGGCUGCUCUGAAAAUGAGCAAAGAUGGUUGGAUCGCAAGUGGAACCACCACCCUCCAGAGCCCUCUUGCCCUGGAAAACACCUUCAAUGCUGAGCUUGCUGCUUCAAAGGCUUCUUUGACCAUUAACAACAAGGCUGCCAUCCAGGACAUUAAGGUCGACAAUGCCAACAAUCUGAUCAUCACCCUGUCUAGCCUUGACUUCAACUCAAAGGCUGAAGCUGUCGUCAGUGAGUAUGCCUCAUACACACAUGACAUCACCAUCGACCUCAAACCCGACACAGCUGCUGCAAAUGUAAACAACAACCUGAAACUUCUUGGGGCCGAUGUCAUUAAUGAGGCGAACCUCAAAGCUGAGCUCUACAAGAUUGAUCUUACUGGAAGCCUGAAAGCCAUCUAUGGUGAGGAGGAGGUCAAACACGCCUAUGAGGUGAAUUAUGCUGAUUUGGCAGCAAGCGCUAAGUGCAGCACGACUGGAAAGCUCUUAGGAACUCACAUGAGCCAAAAUACUGAGCUUGAAGUUAUCGGUCUUGCAGCCAGGAUCGCCAACGACGCCCGCUUCAACUCACAGCCAGUACGCUUUGACCAAACCAUCCGCUGCAGCGUUGCACCUUUUGAUCUCAAUCUUGACGCCAUCUUCAAUGCUGAUGGAGACAUUACCAUGUAUGGAAAGCACAGCGCCCAGCUCUAUGGCAAGGCCCUCCUUAAAGCACAACCCUUGGCAAUUGCAAGCUCACACGAGUGCCGAGCAUCAGUGACCCAGCAGUUAGAUAGUGGUCUUUCCAUUGAGACAACAUUGGACAACAAGAUGGACAAUGUUCUGUCACUUCAAGAGCAGAAGAGCAAUUUAAGAAUUAAGGCCAAAGUGAAUGAGCAUACCCUCAGCCAGGACUUAAGCAUUUACAACACUGCUGAAAGAAUUGGACUGGAGGCUUCUGCCACCAUCCUCACAAACAUCCUCAAUGGCGACUCCGAAGAAAACCAGGAAGUCACCCUUUCAGGCUUCCUGAAGUAUGACAAGAACACAGACAGCCACGCACUCCAAAUCCCAUUUGUUGAAAACUUGCCUGCCUUGCUUGAAAGCAUCAAGGGCUUAGUCGUGUUGGUGGGAGAGACUCUGCAAGGUGUCAUCAGCAAUGAGGAGGUAAAAGCUGCAAUUGAAGCUCUUCCACAGUAUGCUGUUGACUUUGUUUCUCAGCUGAAUCUAGAGGAGAAAAUUAAUCAACUGAAGCAGUAUUUGAGUGAUUUAACUCAAGAGUACGCUAUCUCCAUGGAAGAUGUUGAGGCUUGGCUAGCUUACCUGAACGCAACUGUUGCGAAGAUACUCUCAGAUCUCAGUGUUUACAUCCAGGGCAUUGCUGGUGCAAUUACAGAGAUUAUUACCACUGGCACCAUUCCUGAAACCCUUAUUCAGAAGACCCAGGAGCUGCUGGAUGUCAUCGCCGAGGAAUACGACAUCAAGGCCAUUAUUAUGUAUGUAAUUGAUACCAUAAAGGGUGUGGUUGAGAUCAUAGACCUGGAAAAACUGAAGGGCAGCAGCAUUGAAAUCCUGAGUGACAUUGACGCCACAUAUGCAAUCAAGGCUAAACUGCAGGCAGUAAUUGAUUAUUUGAGGGAAACAAUCGAGACCUUGGAUGUGCCAGUAGUUGUUGCUGAGCUGAAGAAUUACAUUUCAUCUAUUGACUUGAAAGCUCGCAUUGAUGAACUUGUGAGUCAGCUCCCCUCUGAGAUCUUUGGUGCUAUCAAGGAUGUGAUCGCAGAAAUUGCUCAGGAUCUUGACAUCCUCGGUAAAAUCAAUGCAAUCUCUGCCUGGAUUAGAGAGCUCAUUGUAAAGUAUGAGGCUGACCAAAAGGUUCAAGCUAUCUUGGAAAAGUUAGCAGAACUCAUCAAGCAAUGGAACAUUGAGGAAACCAUCAAGGCCAUUGUAACAACAGUAAGGGAUGCACACCUCCCUGACCUAUUAGUGCAAACCCUCCAGAACACCAUUGAGUACUUAAAAACAACUGAUGUUCCGUCUAUUGUUCAACAAUUGAAUGCAAUCCUUGAAAAUGUUGUGGAGAAUGUGAAGUCACUGGAGUACAAUGAUUUGGUGCAUAUGGCCAAUGAUUGGAUCAAGUGGGCCAUAGAUAAUGUGAAUGACCUGAUUAAGACUCUUGAAAUCCCCAACAAACUUGAGGCAACAAAAGAUCUUAUCAACCUUGUGCUGUCCACUGCUACAGGCUUGAUAGAAAGUGUCAGGGAAAUCAAAGUCGCAGAAAUAAUCAAAACUGGCAAAGAUUUUAUUGACCAGGUUGUGCUUGUUAACCUUAAGGGAUGGGUGGACUGGGUGAAGCAGGGGAUUGCAAAUCUUGAUGUCAAUGCUGAGAUUGCAUCUUACUUGGACUUAGUUAGCAAAUACUAUGCAAAGGUCCUCACCAUCAUCACUAGCCUGCUUACCAAUGUGAUUGAGACUGUUCAGAGCAUCUUACCCGAACAAAAAAUCAUUGGCGAGAUUCAGCAAAUCUUGACUGCGUUCUUAACUGAACUUAAGACCAUUGAGUUGAGCACACCUUCCUUCUCACUGCCUCUCACUGAUCUUGUUGUGCCUUCAUGGAAGAUCAGCUUAGAGAAGCUUGAAAUUCCAACACAGCUGGACAUCCCUGAGAUCACCAUUCUGGGUACCUGGACAAUCCAGGCCACCACAAUUUCCACUGAUGACAUCAAGCAGACAAUCAUUGCAGUUCUUGAUUGGAUCUUAAAUGCUGAGAUCGCAAUACCUGACAUGGAUGCUUUCUUUGGGGAACUGACCAUAAACCUCCUCCCUGCCCUGCCCGAGAUAGCCCUGCCAGCAAUCACUCUGUCUGAGAUCUCACUCCUUGCCUUACCAGAAGUUCCUGUAGAGAAGUUUGUCAAGUCUCUUGAGCUUCCUGAGCUCAAACUGCCGACCAUCCCAACUGAGAUCAUGGUCCCCUGCUUUGGUAAACUCUAUGGUGAGGUCAAAUUCAGCUCCCCCAUUUACACAGUGAGGGCAACUGCUGAGCUCCAGAACUCAACUGAGAGUGAGGUGACACCUACAUUCACCGGAUUCCUUUCAGCUCAGGGAGCAUCACCAAGCUUUGAAAUUCUCAAUUACAACCUCGACUCCACUGCUCGUUUGGCAAUCCCAAAAAUGAGCCGUAUUGUUGUGGCAGAGACUGUUAAACUAGCCCAUGUUGCUCUGGGAGUUGAUCAUCAGGCAUCCGUGUCUCUCUAUGGCCUGUCAGCUCAGGCUCAAGCAAAAACCACCCUCAAGGUUACCACCACACCUUACACGGCAGAACUCAUCAACACAGCCUUUAUUGGUAUUGAAGAAGGAAUGUCUGCUUCUGUGGAAACAGCUUACAAUCAUGCACUGAACCUCCCACUUUUGGAGCUCACAAGUGAGGCCACUGCUAACCAGAAAGCAGUUGCUCGCCUGGAUGGCUACACCCUCACCCUUACCGUGGACAACUCUGGCACUGGCAAGAUAAAUGCUGAAGAUGGCAACCACAAGAGCAACUUGUAUUUGUCACUCACUCCCAGUAUUGUCACUCUCACCUUCUCUGGAGACACAGACUCUCCUCUCUUGAAGAUGAAACAGCAAAUCGCAGCUGAGAUUGGUACCUUUACUUACCUUAAAUUUAAUAUCCGCAAUGAAGCAGAGGCACCAAUUAUCAAGAACAGUCUUUUAGUAGCAUCUGGAAAUGCCAACCUUUAUGACCUGAAGGUCGAGCUGAAGGCAAACCAUGACGCAGAACUGAUUGGUGCAAUCAGUGGAGUUCUGUCCAAUGGAAUCAACAUUGUAGCUCAACCUGUGGAGCUUGUUGCUGAAAUCCAAAACAAAGGAAAUGCCAAGGUGAACAUUCUCGAAGCUAUUAUUGCCAAGAUAGAUCUGCAGAAUGAUUACACAGCUGUGGUCAAACCUGCAGGCCAACAUCUCAACACAGUAGCUUUGGCUCGUCUAAAUCAGUACAAAGUAUUCUGGAAUGUAACUGUUGACAAUAAUGAGAACGAAGCUGGCAUCUUUGUUGCCUUGGAUGGUGAGGCAAAUCUUGACUUCUUGACAUCCCCCAUCAGCAUUCCUGAGCUUGAUCUGCCUUUUGUUGGCUUCCAUACCCCUGCUAUCAGUGAUCUGAACUUGUAUGAGGAGACUGGGUUAAAGGACAUUUUGACCACCACUGAGCAGACCUUUGAUGUUGAUGCUAAGGUUGUUUACAAGAAAAGCAACCUGAUCACAGAUCUAACUUUCAAGUCUGCCAUCAUUAACCUGAAUGUCAAUGCUGCGCUGUCCAUGGAGGAUGAUAUUGUUUUACGUCUGGGAGCCACCACAGCCUCUGUGUAUGAAAGUCUAAAAGCUAAACUUGAUGGUACCACAAGUCUCACAACCACAAGAGGAAUCAAGCUGGCCAAUUCCCUGUCCCUGGAAAAUCCUCUCAUUCAAGGAACUCAUGACAGCACCAUCAGUUUGAGCACUGAACUCGAACCUGUAGUCUCUGUGGCCACAGUUGCAAAGAUUGCCCUGCCCAUCCUCAACCUGGAAGCAAACCAAAAUCUGGUGGCCAACACCAAAACAAAACCAAAUGCUGCAUCCACCUUGACCGUGAAGGGUGACUUCAACAUUCCUGUGAUUAGGGCUGUUGGGAAGGCAGAGGCAGACCACAAGCUGAAGCUGGAGGGAACCUUUGACUUUGUUUCCGUGGAGACAUCCACAGCGGCAAGGCUGGAUGGUACAGUGCUGGAAGACUACCUUCUUCUGGGAGUGGUUGAUAAUGAGGCCAAUGUGUAUCUCAACUCUGAUGGUCUGCGAUCCAACAUUAAACUUAUUGCUGAUACCAAGCUUGAACAAGGAACUACCAAAAUCAUCGGCCUGGAGGUAAAUGAAAAUCUUGAGGUUGAAGCCUCCCUGAGCCGUGUGUAUGCAGUGCUGAAGUUGGCGAGCACCAACGAAGCAAACUUGUUUGAUUUUAGCACCAAUGGAAAGCACACUGCCCAAGCAACAGUAGAUCUUGUGCCAGCCGCUUCACUGACUGCUGAUAUUGAGAUCGACCUGUCUCAGCCAACCAGCCUUGGUGACUUCACCAUCUUUGAUAAAACUGUUGCUGACGUGACAGCUGCUAAGCAGAAGAUUUCCACAAACACCAAGAUUGUCACCCCAGUGUACACCACCAACCUGGCAGCUGAGGUCGAAGGAGAGGCACCUGUCUUGAAAGUUGCCCUCAAGUCUUCUGCCACCUCUGUGGUUGUGCUCUUGGAAUAUGACUUGGAUGGUGAGUUUAUCAAAACAUCUAAACCUGUUUUUUUUUAUUCUGUGGGCAAUGUUAAGCACUUAAUCUGAUAGAGAUAUUUUCAUUUCACAGCCUCAAGCGUUGCAAGCCUUGCAAGUGAAGAUCUGAGCUGGAACAGCAAGGUGGUCCUGACACAUGCUGACGUGACCCUUGAUGCAACCCAUGCCUUGGGGUAAAAUCCUAUUUGAUCAAUAAUGUGAAAUGUGUCCCCAUUUUUCUUCACAAUUUAGGAGUGAAUACUAAAAUACUAUAAACAAUAAUCAUCAUUGACUUUUGUGAGCAUUUACUGAAUUCCUUUCGCUGAAUAUCAGGUUAAAGGCUUUUUCUUUUUCAGUACCCUGAGUGUGGACAUCACCAGCCCUACUUUCACUGAUGUGAGUGUGCGUUGGGCUGCCUCCGGAGAUGGCAUUGGUGCUUCAGUUUCUAUCCCAUCUGCUGGCUUGCUCGGUUGGCAGAUAGUCCCAGCUGAGCUCAAUGCAAGAGUCUAUGGCCGUUAUCCUGUGAGUAUUAACAACAAAUAUUUGAAACAAAAUACAAUCAUCUAGAUAAAAGCUUAACUAUCAUUUGUAUUUCCUCUGUCCAACAGUCUGCCCCAGAGGUCGAUGUUGAUGUCUUGAUCAUUAAAUCAGCUGCUCAGAGCCUGCAGGUUGCCUACAACAUGGAGGCCCCCAAAGUGUUGCUCUCUGAAAUCAAGGCGAGAUUCCCUUCCAUCAUCUCUGCAUUGACAGUGUUUGCUGACAAAUAUUAUAUCACAGGCACCAUUGAGGAUCUGAAGAACACAGUUGUUAACCGUGUCAGUGAGGCCUAUGAUGCUGCAGUUAACUAUGACACCAGCUUGAGCCAGCUAUCAAUCUUCUUCAGAAACAUCAUUGUCCAGUACCAGCUUACCGUCCAGACUAUCCUAGAUACUAUAAUCAAGGUCCUCAGAGAGACCCAGUUCAAACUGCCUGGGUCUGAUGAGAUGACCACUCUCCCUGAGGUCCUGAAGAAGCUUACCAGCAGCAUCGCUGCUAUGCUAGAUGCGACCAUCCAGACUGUCUACCAGGCACUAGAGGUCAAUCUGAACGCCUUUGUUGAGAUGAUCAGUAAUGUGAAAGUACGCAUGCCAGUAGGUGAUGCAGUUUCUGUAGGUCAGGUCUUAGAUCAGGUCAAAGCAGCUUACAAGGCCAUCUUUGAUGGACUGGUGGACUUUGUGAAAAAUAUGGAAAGUCUUGACACAAUGCUUGAGAAGAUAAAUGAGACCCUGAAGGCUGUUGUGGAUAAAUCUCAGGAGCUUAUUGACUCUGUCCAGUCUGACUAUUUAGAUGCAGUGUUCGUCAACAUCAAUAUUGUCUAUCGUAACCUUGUCUCCGUCCUGAAGACAGUUACUGACCAGAUUUCUGCACUAAAUAUGGAGCAGCUGAACGGUUCACUCGAGUAUAUCAUUGACGUAAUCAUUUCCGUUGUGGACCAGUUAAACAACACUGUCUAUGGUUUACUGCAGCAGGCUUCAGAGGAGGCUCAGGCUAUCAUGAAAGUUAGUGAAGGUAGGCUUGAGAUUGAACUCCCCCUCCAAUAG